AUGUUUGGGAGUAGUCUGUUUGGACAAUCGAACCCAUUUGGAAGUGGCACAUCCUCGGCGUUUGGGUCCAGUGGAUUUGGAUCUAGUGCUCAACAGCCUGCUGCCCAGGGUUCCUUUGGCUCGUCGGGAUUUGGCAAGAGUGCCUUCGGUACUAGUACUAGUUCUACUUCCAACUCUAAUACUUCAGGUGCCUUUGGAUCUUCUGGAUUUGGAUCUUCUGGUUUAAAGACUUCGUCAGGGUCCGCCUUUGGAUCUUCUGGAUUUGGAUCUACAGGCUUUGGUGGAUUUGGUGCCUCUACUGGCUCAGCCUUUGGAAACACUUCCACUGCAAGUCCUUCAUCAAAUACUACAAAUACUAAUUCUGCAUUUGGAUCAACUGGAUUUGGAUCUCAACCUACGGGUUCUGCCUUUGGAAGCUCCAAUACUUCAGCAUUUGGUAGUGCCAACAAAACCACUUCUCCGUUUGGUACAGUGUCAGCAUUUGGAUCUCAAGCAGCAAAUCCGUUUGCAUCAACAUCUGCCCCAACUUCAAAUCCAUUUGGUUCAACUGCGGCCACUAAUACAUCACCUUUCGGAGCAGCAUCUACAUUUGGUCAGUCGAACUCCGCAUCAUCUCCAUUUGGUGCUUUAAAUAAUAAUAAUCCAUCACCGUUUGGUUCUACAACUACAAAUCUGAAUACCACAUCUGCAUUUGGUCAACCAUCUAAUAAUAAUUCUACAUUCGGUCAACCUGCUAAUAAUAAUACCAUAAGUUCAAAUUCUGUAUUCGGUCAACCUGCCAACACUAAUUCUACAAAUUCUGCAUUCGGUCAAAAGCCCGCCUUUGACUUUAAGUCAGGAACAAAUACAAAUAUAGCUUCACCCUUUGGUUCAGCUAAUACUACAUCUCCAUUUGGGAAUACCAAUGCAUCAGCCUUUGGAACUACUGCUUCUACAAAUACUACUGCUUCACCAUUUGCAUCAAUCCAGACUGCAUCUCAAACUGCAUCCGAUACUAAGUCGUCCAAUAUUGUCGUAGACGACUUAGAUCCAUCCAUUGUGGCAGCAUUUAAUGCCAGCCACUUCGAAUUGGGUAAGGUACCUGAAAUAGCGCCUCCCAGAAUAUUCUGGUAA